UACUGUAUGCUGCCUGUCUGUCUGACUUACUGACCAGAGAAGAGGGCGAAGGAAAGGAAAAAAGACGCUGUCACACGUUCCCUUCAUCCGUUUUAUUUGAAUGACAUAUUGUAGAAAACAAAAGGAUUACAGGAGGCAUGUUGACAGUAAUCUAAAUCUUUGCAUGCAGUAGCCUAGCGUAACUGCCCGGGUUUAUCAACAAUGCAGCACGCGAUCGUUUUAUUGAUCGACAGAACAUCUGCUAAUGUUUUAUAAAGCCAGCAGCAGCUAUGCCCAUUGCUUAUAGACUACAGCGCUCAUCUCAAAGGACCAGCAGGUGUGCUAAUAUUGUACCAGACAGAUGUCACACUCUACAAUGACGAGAUUCUGAGACACACACAGGCGUCUGAUAGUUCCAGAACCUUCCCCUUGAUGAGAGCAGCCGGACUCACGGCAGGUACAUGGUCAGUAUGCAGCAGGACGACCCUCGUCUGUCUGCUCUCUUGAAAGCUGCUUUUCACUGAUGAUGCUGAAGUCGGCGGCCAUCUUAAACAGGUGAAAGGAGGUCCAUAUGAAGCGUGCAGGUCACAGACAGUACCUCCAAUGCUACUGUAACUCCAAUAAACAACCAGGCAGAAUGGCAUCAGGGAUUGUGUUACAAGAGUAGCAGCGUUUCACCACUGCACCACCACCACCACGAAUCAAUAUAGCUUGGACAAGGACGACCAGACCCGACCAGUUAGUGAUGGAUUUGGAGUUGGCCUUGGGUGCUCUUUGACCCGCAGAAUCCCGUCAGUACCUUCUGAGACUUCAGGUGCGUGCUAGCCUCGCCUCGCCUCGCCUCGACGCCAUGCGGGUGAGCUUCUGCCAGGCCCUGUUGGCGGGCGCCAUCGUGAUCAACCUGCUGAUCCUCUACUACGUGUCGCGUGCCCAACAGCAGAUGAUGGAGCGGCGCCGCGAGCAGGCCAAGGGCUCCAAGAAGUCGGGGCUGUCCGGCGCCGGAGGCCUCGGGGCUGGCGUGGGACUGGCAGCAGUGGGGCUGGGAGGUGGCGGCGGUGGCGGCGGCGCUGGAGGUGGUGCCAACCUGGCAGGGGUGGCCGGGGCGAAGUCGGACAUGAGCGGGCGUAGCGGAGGCGGUGGUGGCGGCGGUAGCCCGCGGGUGACGGUGCUGGUGCGGGAGUUCGAGGACUUUGAGAACUACGUGGGCGAGGUGGCGCGCUCGUUCCUGCGCCAGCGGCCGGAGCUGCCGUUCCUGGCGGUGGCGGACACGCCGCCCUACCCGCCCCUGGCGCUGCCCGAGGGAGGGGGUGCCAGGCUCCUGGUCCUCGCCCCCAGCCCUGAGCUGCCCCCGCAGGCCAACCGGCCAGAGUUCCACGUGCAGACGGAGUUCGUGCUGCUGGUGCCCGACGGGGUGGAGCUGGAGCACGGGAGACAGGUGGAGCACCUGAUCCGCGAGCUGGAGGGUGAGGGCGGCGGGACGGUGCGUCUGGUGGCGGCCCCCGUGCUGUCGCGCUCGGCCGUCCAGUGCCUGCACCUGCGGGUCAGCACGCGCGAGUGGACGGCCACCUACUCGCCGGCCGCCUCGGGCAGCAGCGGCAGCGUCUGCACGGCGCUGUCCGGCGACGCCGUGGUGCUCCUGCGCGCCGAGGACCUCUUCAACCUGUCCACGCCGCUGGGCCGCCCGCUGCUGACCUCGCUCUUCGUCCAGACGGCGCUGCGCGGCUGGCGGGUCAAGCUCCUGGAGGCGCCGUGCUUCGCCGCCGGCCGCCGGCCGCUCUUCGGCUCGGCGCACAGCCAGUGGAAGGCGGAGACGCGGCGCAAGGAGGCCACGGCCGCGCUGGCGCGCGGGUUCGGCCUCAAGCGGCUGCUGCACGCCGACGGGCGCGAGCAGUGGUUCGGCUGCGGCAAGGAGACGCCGCGCUGCUUCGGCACGGUGCGCGACGACACGCCCGACUACCUGUACCUGGAGCGCUGGACCCCGCCCUGCUGCCUGCGCGCGCUCCGCGAGACCACCAAGUACGUCAUCGCCGUGCUGGAGGGCGCCGGCGUCCGCUACUGGCUGGAAGGGGGCAGCCUGCUCGGGGCGGCCCGCCACCAGGACAUCAUCCCGUGGGACUACGACGUGGACCUGGGCAUCUACCUGGAGGACGUGCCCAACUGCGAGCAGCUGCGCGGGCUGGACUCGGGCUCGCUGGUGGACGCUAAAGGCUACGUGUGGGAGCGGGCGGUGGAGGGCGACUUCUACCGCGUCCAGUACAGCGAGGUCAACCACCUGCACGUGGACCUGUGGCCGUUCUACGCGCGCAACGGCGUCAUGACCAAGGACACGUGGACGGAGCACAAGCAGGACGUGGAGUUCCCCGAGCACUUCUUGCAGCCGCUGGUGCCCGUGCCCUUCGCCGGCGUCACCGCCUACGCGCCCAACAACCACCGCGCCUUCCUCGAGCUCAAGUUCGGACAGGGCGUCAUCGAGAACCCCCAGUACCCCAACCCUGCCAAGAAGAGGCUGGACCGCAGCCGC